UGUUUGAAAGGAAUCUCGGCUAGUCUUAUGAACAGAGGAGGAAACCUUGAGUAGUGUGGCCAGGAGACUUGCUGGUCAAGCGAGUACUCCAAAAUGUGUGGAUGCCACACCCCCACCCCACCCCACCGUGGCCCCUCUUUCUUUUUUUUGACGCGGUCAACGCUGGGCUUACACCGGCCUGAACAUAUAGUAAUUAAUCACCAGCCAAUUACAAAAACAGAGUAGAGAUUGGGUAUACAACAUGGAGCCCGAGUCCCUCUCUAACCAAAGCCCCAUGAGUUCCUCUUCCAACCAAAAAGCUCCGGCUUCUUCCUGUUCUUUACAACAAUACUGGUAUCUCUGCUGCCCAAAUCUUACCUAUACAGUGCGCAAACCAUUCUGGUUAUGAACUCCAAAUCCUACUGGGACCAAAAAUCCAUGGAUUCCUCUUGCUUUCAACCAAAAUGCUCCAGCUUCUUCCUGUUAUUCACAAUACUGAUUUCUCUGCUGCCCAGAUCUUCUUGCCUACAGUUACCGAAAAAGGGUUUCCCCCCGCUUUGUAUUACAAAGCAAUCUUGCCUACAGUUCACAAACCAAUCUGGUGAUGAACACCAAAUCCUCCUGGGACUCGAGAGAUAUUGGGGGAGCUCACCUGUGCUUGGAAGAUGGAGCCUCACUUCUUCUAACCACUGUAAAUGGGGAGGAAUUACAUGCACAGAUGGUUUGGUCACUGCCAUUUCCCUUCCACAGCAAACCUUUAGGAAACCAAUCCCACCGUCCCUUUGCCUCCUCAAGAAUCUUACCAACUUGGACCUCUCCUACAAUAACUUCUCCACUUCAUUCCCUACCAUACUCUACAAUUGCUCCAAUCUGAAGUACCUAGACCUUUCCAACAAUGUCUUUGGUGGGAAACUCGCAGCUGACAUAAACUGUUUAUCAGCAAAGCUCGAGCAUCUCAACUUAUCAAGCAAUCGUAUCAUGGGGGAAAUUCCACCAUCGAUUGGAUGGUUUCCAAAGCUCAAGUCACUGCUCCUCGACACGAAUCAGUUUGACGGAAGUUAUCCAGCAAAGGACAUCAGCAAUCUAGCCAACCUCGAGGUGCUGACACUAGCGGGAAAUCCAUUUCUGCCAGCUCCAUUUCCAGUUGAGUUUGGCAAGUUGACACGCCUCACAUACUUGUGGCUGUCAGGUAUGAACAUGACAGGUGAGAUCCCUGAGCUCAGUCUCUUGAGUGUAUCAAAUAAUAUGCUGCAAGGCACAAUUCCUACAUGGGUAUGGCAGCAUAAGAAGCUUCGGCGCUUGUACAUGUAUACCAACCAUUUCACAGGCGAGAUUUCAUCCUGUGUCAGCGCCGUAAACUUGGUGGAGCUUGAUGUAUCCUCAAACAAUCUAACAGGGACAAUACCAGAUGACUUUGGUAGGCUCAUCAACCUUACCUUGUUGUUUCUCUACACAAAUCAACUUCAUGGGUCAAUAUCGCCAAGCAUCGGGUUGCUGCCGAAUCUCAGAGACAUCCGGCUAUUUGAGAACAUGUUAUCUGGUUCCCUUCCACCAGAGCUUGGUAAGCACUCACCACUAGGUAAUCUUGAGGUCUGCAACAAUAACCUCUCGGGCGAGUUGCCAGCUGAUCUUUGCUCCAACAGGAAGUUAUAUGACAUCGUUGUGUUCAAUAAUAACUUUUCUGGAAAGCUUCCACAAUCGUUAGACGGCUGCUACCGGUUGAACAAUUUAAUGCUGUACAACAAUCAUUUUACUGGAGAGUUCCCCAAGAGCCUCUGGUCAGUGGUGACAAAUGAGCUAACGGUGGUUAUGAUCCAAAAUAACAAUUUCUCUGGCACAUUUCCUACCCAGCUACCAUGGAACUUCACGCGCCUUGACAUAAGUAACAAUAGAUUCUCUGGUCCCAUUCCAACUUUAGCAGGCAAAAUGAAAGUAUUCAGGGCAGCAAACAACUCUCUUUGUGGCGAAAUUCCCUGGGAUUUGAUGGGUAUUUCACAGGUAGGUGAACUUGACCUUUCUGGAAAUCAAAUUAAUGGAUCAAUACCCAUGACAAUUGGAGUGCUAAAGCUCAACGCACUUAAUCUAAGUGGAAAUCAGAUAUCUGGUACUAUACCUGCAGCGUUUGGAUUUAUGUCAGGGUUAACCAUCCUUGACCUCUCCUCAAAUGAGCUAUCUGGCGAGAUCCCAAGAGCGAUCAAUAAGUUGAAACUGAACUUUCUAAACCUCUCCAUGAAUCAACUCACGGGGGAAAUACCAACAUCAUUGCAAAACGAAGCAUAUGAGCGAAGCUUCCUCUUCAAUCCAGGCCUCUGUGUCUCAUCGAAUAAUUCCAUCCCUAAUUUCCCAAUUUGCAGUGCAAGAGCAAACAACAACAAUGAUACCUCCAGGAGGCUUAUAGCCCUCUUUUUUGUUCUUGCCAGUAUCAUGCUUGUGGGUUUGAUAGUUGGUGGUUUCUUGCUACUAAAGAGGCAAAAGAAUACCCAAGAUCCUCUAUCAUGGAAGCUGACCCAGUUUCAUGCACUGCAUUUCACAGAAUAUGAUGUUCUUUCUGGGCUCUGUGAGCAGAACUGGAUUGGAAGUGGCAGGUCUGGCAAGGUGUGCCGAAUUUGUGUUGUGGAUGGAGAAGGUGGUAGUAGAAUGGUGGCUGUUAAAAAGAUAUGGAACGCCCAGAACCUUGGUAACAAGCUCGAGAAGGACUUCCUUGCAGAGGUCCAGAUAUUGGGUGAGAUCUGGCACACAAACAUUGUCAAGCUGCUCUGCUGCAUCUCAAGCUCAGAGGCAAAGCUUCUUGUCUAUGAGUACAUGGAAAAUGGUAGCUUAGACAGGUGGCUGCAUCAGAGGGAUAGAGUUGGUUCACUGGCACCUUUGGAUUGGCCCACCAGAUUGCAAAUUGCCAUCGACUCAGCAAGAGGUCUCUGCUAUAUGCACCAUGAUAGUUCACCCGCCAUAGUGCACUGUGAUGUCAAGUCUGCCAAUAUCCUUCUGGACCCCGAGUUCAGAGCAAAGAUAGCUGACUUCGGCCUUCCUCGGAUUCUUCUCAAAACCGGAGAUCCUGAGUCAAUUUCUGGCAUAGGUGGUACCUUUGGCUACAUGGCACCAGAGUACGGAUACCGGCUUAAGGUGAAUGGGAAGGUCGAUGUCUACAGCUUCGGAGUGGUCCUGUUGGAGCUCACAACGGGGAGGGUGGCAAAUGAUGGAGGCUUGGAGUACUGCUUGGCAGAAUGGGCAUGGAGACAGUAUCAAGAGUAUGGCCUGUCAAUUGAUCUUCUUGAUGAAGACAUUCGAGAUCCAGCCAACAUUGAAGAUGCAUUCGCAGUGUUUACGCUAGGUGUGAUCUGUACAGGAUCUGUUUCUGAUGUAGUUAAGGCCAACUCCAAUGCACGACCCCAAAUGGUCCAGCCGCAUCCGUUUGGGGAUUGUCCCAAGUUCAAAGAUCAAUAUGCCGCUCUAAAGAAGAAGGGAGGGACGGCGGCCGUGGCUGCGAAUGGAGAUGUGCUCAAGAGGCCGAGGGGCAAGACCAACUCGAAGCUUGACAAGAAGCGCGAUGCGGCAUCUAUCGCCUUGCAAGAAACUUUGCACUGCAUGAUGACUCAAAAGGAAGUGAGGGAGGAGAGGAAGUGCCAAGGAAAGGAGCUCCAAACGAAGAUAUACUUGGAGCUCCAAACGAAGAAGCUUGACAUGGAGGAGGCCGCCAAGAGGAGGAAGCUCGACAUGAAGGAGGCCAUCCAAUCGAUGAAGCUCGCGAUCGAGGCCACCAAUGCCGACACCAAAGCAAAAGAGGUGGCACUAGCAAUCAUGAGCGUGAACUUGACCAACAUGUCCCUGAAGAGAAGAAUUUGGUUUGCGAACCAGCAAAAGGAGAUGUUCGACCAAGAGGGCCUGAACUAG